CUCCAUAUCCAUUAUAACAAAUACACACAUAUAUCUUCUUUUUCUUCUUCUUACAUGGCUUCUUCAACCCAAGCUCAAGCCCACCUCAAUCAAACAAAAAAUGGGACUCCUAACGUUGUUGAUGAUGUUGAGAGACAACAACAACCACACACCAUGGAACCCCUUGAGCUCGAGGUCGUUGAUUACUCGAAGCGAGCCCAGUGGCUCCGAGCAGCCGUAUUAGGUGCAAAUGAUGGGCUGCUCUCGACCGCAUCGCUGAUGAUGGGUGUCGGAGCGGUCCGAAAAGAUAUCAAGACCAUGAUCCUCACCGGGAUCGCCGGAACAAUCGGCGGAGCUUGUAGCAUGGCCAUCGGAGAGUUUGUCUCGGUGUACUCGCAGUACGAUAUAGAGAUGAGUCAGAUAAAGAGAGGGGGUGGGGAGAGAGAGAUGAGUGAAAGUGAAAUUGAGGAGAUGAAGAAGCACUUGCCAAGUCCGUUGGCGGCAGCAGCGGCGUCAGCGGCGGCAUUCGUGGUGGGGGCGGUGGUGCCGCUGUUGGCGGCGGCGUUUAUUAAGGAUUAUUGGGUUAGGGUUGGGGUGGUGGUGGUGGCAGUGAGUUUAGCACUGCUAGGGUUUGGGGGGUUGAGUGCAGUGCUUGGGAGGGCACGUGUGGUGAAAUCUUCACUUAGGAUUCUGGUUGGAGGUUGGUUGGCCAUGGGGAUCACUUUUGGCUUAACCAAGUUGAUUGGUUCUACUGGAAUUUAAAUUUUGAGAAGUAGUAGAGAAAAUGGGUAUUUGAAAAUUAAAUGUAUGGAUCAGAUGUAUUUUGUGUGAGAUUAAAUCUGUAUCGUAUACUUUAUUUUCUCUUCUCAGUAUGUAGUUUCUAUUUUUUUUUUUUUUUUUUUUUAGGGUUUGGAAGCUUUUUGGUGUGGUUCUACUUUAAUGAUCUUCCUUUUAUGUUCUUGUGAAGGUUCAUAAAAAGGGCUUGCUUGGAAAAGAAGCAAGGUUGUAGAUCGAAGCAAGGAGUUUUUUGUUUGUUUAUGUUUGUUUUCAUUAUACUUUUCUUCCUUAAUCUGCAGUUUAAUGAUUAAUCUUCAAUUACCAGAGUC